AUUUUCGCAACCAAUCACAACGCGAGCAGUUGAACCAAUCAGCGUGUUCGGUAAACAAAAGUCGGAAAUCCCGUCAGCCCUGUCUGGCAACUUUAAACGUAAUUGUCUACACAAAACAGACAUGUCCAGGCGCAGGUCACCUAAGUCCCAAGUUCCCAACACCAGUCACCCCAACGUAUGGAAUGUAAAGAUGCCAUUGGAAGUGGCCAUAUGUGUCAUCAAGAUCAUUUUCUUGUCAGCGAUGGUGUUUAUCUCACUCGUCACAAAAUAUUACUACAACCAAGAUAUAGAAGAUAUCACACACAAAAUGAAGGAUGAGACUCAGCUAAAGAUAUAUAUAAGGUCCUGCCAGCUAAAGACAAACAUCUCAAAGAAGAAGGUUGAUUAUUUGACAAAGCAGUUCCUAGCAGUGGAAGAAAUGUAUUGUGAAUUAAGGAGGGAGCUUGAGAAAAAACUUUCAGGGGCUACAAGUAUGUAAAGUAUAUUUAAGUAAUUUAAAAUAU